AUGGCGUCUUCUGAAGGCGGAGCUCCCGCCGGCCAAGUGAACCUCGCCUCCCUUACGGUUCCCCAACUCCGAUCUGUACAGACUCGCCUGACUUCAGAACUUGAGCAUUUGACUUCAUCACAUACGAAGCUGCGUGCAGCGCAGGCGAAGUUUCGCGACUGCGUCAACUCGAUCAAUGACGGCGUGAAGGGUUCCGCGAAGAAGGGUACCGAUGGCCGGGAGGAGAUUCUAGUUCCCUUGACCAGCUCACUAUAUGUCAAGGGUCGAUUGACCGACCGAGAGAAGGUGCUGGUCGAUGUAGGCACCGGUUUCUACAUCGAGAAGACAGCGGAAAAGGCAAUCGCUUUUUACAACGAUAAGGUCAAGGGGCUCGACGCAAACCUGCAAGAGCUGGAGAAAAUUGUACAGGGCAAGAGUCAGCAGCUGAGGAUUGUCGAGGAAGUCCUUCGGCAAAAGAUGCUCAGCGGCGAGGGUGCACCGGCACAGACCGCUGGUGUGGCAGCUGGGUAA